AUGGACAGCAUGCCAGGCAGGGCAGAUGCCGAUUUCUCAUUCUUCUCUUGUCAGACUCUCCUUCGCUUAGUCCAAACUCGAAUUACCGUGAGCCGAUCUAUCAGCCAACCUACCGGUGUCCCAGCCGACUGGCCUGCAGCACCACCGUUGCUACCCUUCUUUAUGCUAUUCGUUUUCUUUCGCUAUUUUGCACCUGCACUGUCCUCCUCAUCGCAAGUGGAACUCACUUUGAGCUUAUGCGUAACAAUCUGGCCUAACGACAGGUUCACCAGACUCGGUGUUCCUUCCUUCUGGACGGUUGCCAGGCUUGCCUCACAGGCUCUUUUGUUGGCAGGCUGUCUGGCCUCGCCUCAAGAACCUGGUGAAGGAGAGCUUUCCCCUCAAUUGCGAUCUUCGUAUAUUCUGGAUGAUUAUUCGCUUGACAUGCUACAUGCCAAAACACAUUUUGGAAACCACAUGCUUUCAUUCCUGCCUCCUUCUACAGGAUUUAAUCCACUCACUCGCCUGCCUCACGCUCCGACCGGCAACAUCAGCUGGACCGACCAGGCCGGACUCGAGCCAGGCUUGUCUCGUGCUCACUUUGAUGCCUCAGAGGCGAGGCUGCCACACGACGAUGAAAGUCCCGGUGGUCAGUGGUUCGGGCCACGGGCUGGACUCGGCUUGGCGUACACCAAUGCAGAAAAGUCUGGUGGCUCCGACCAUACCGAAGUGCAGUCCUCCCGUGGAACGGGACUGAGAGAUUUCGAUGGGCAGGAGGCAAAGGUCGGCGGCGACGGUGCUAUUAUGACCAGUUCAGCCGAUUCUGUGUCUAUUGAGCAGUCGGACGUCUGCCGACCGGCCGAAAUUGAAGAGGGAAUUCAGUGCUUGAGUGAUCCUCCCGCCAGCUCCUAC